AUGCCAGGUGUACGCACAAUUGCCCGGUCCGCCUUCGUGUGCGCCCUACUCCUGAAGUCCUUCUUGGUCGCUCCAGGGAUUCCAGGACCCCCGUAUGAUCCGAACCUAUAUACCGACCGGUGCCAGCGAUGCUGGGUGGAAGCCGGCAGCCCGCCAGAGUUUAUCAACACCAUGUACAAGACCAACACAUUCAAUUCCUUUCCUUGUAGUGCUUUCAGUCAUGUGUACACCUGUCUCGAGAGAGUUGGGCUCCAAGGUUACUACUGCGUAAGAUGUCGUCACUUCUUGAAUGUCAGUCUGGGAGCGUGCUCCAUCCACGGCCAGUUCACACAAUGCACCCCAGACCCACGACGGCCACAGCAAGGUGGCACCACCUAAGCUCCUCGUCCAGCUGCACUCUGAUGCGCCGAGGGCACAAUCAAAGGGGAAACAAGCACAUACACUCAUAUGUUACACAUUUCC